CGCAGAUCUCUGCCUUUGACAGAUGAGCAGGCGCAUGUCGGGCUGGAUCAUGCGCCCAUGAGCGAUUUGGCAAUCCGCUUCUGCUUUGAUGGUGCCUACCCUGCAGACGUGUGCUGCGAUCCGCAACACUCAGAUUACCGCCGAUGCUGGCAAGCUGGUGCAUUUAAUGAGCAUCAUAAGAAGCAAUGCUGCAGCGGACCUGCGCUUGCUUUGGCUGCGGAGAUCCAAGAAAGGAUAGCGAGCACAUCCGCCUCAGAGACUUUGUCACGCUGCCUGGCAGUGGGCCACUUUGACCGCACGGCCUUUAUGCCCCAGGGCACACCUGAUCAUCUCAAGAAGUUGGCUACCAGCCAUCAAGAUGAUGAGGUGCGGCGAGCCUACAGCUACGGCCAUGCGCUGACUGGAGGCCGAUGCGCUGAAGCAGCACUGAUGGAGGACGAGGACCAGGUGGUGCUCGGCUUGCAUGACCAGCUCAAGGCCAAGGUGCACAUGACUGGCUGGACCGUGAAUUUUGGGGCCGGCUCCUAUGAGGACCCAUUCUGGAUCUUGGCGCAACAGCGAAACAGUUCAGGCAUCUUUGUGGAUCCCACAGGCGUGCCGAAGGACCUGUCAGUCCCACCCAAAGUUCGAUUUCUGGCGGAGGCGGCAGAGCCGGACAAUGUUUUGCCGCUUUUGCGCCGCGGUGGUCUUCCUGCAGGGCAUGGCCGACGAGUUGAUGUAGACUUCUUGAAGGUGGAUGUGGAUGGGUGCGACUGUGUGCUGGCAGCUGUGGCGCUGCGCUUCAUCCGACCAAAGAUUGUUUGGAUGGAGAUCAACUGGUCACUUCCUCCUCCUCUGCGUUUUGCGCGACAAUGUCAUCCUGAAUGGCGUCCAUCGUGGAUACGGUGGGCCCAAGGUGGGCGUUACCUCAGCACACACGGCUGCUCCCUGUCGGCGGCAGUUGCGGAAGUGCAGGCAUUCGGCUAUCAGCUGCUGCGCGUGAGUGGUAAUGUCAAUGCAGUCUUUGUCCACCAGAGCGAGGCAGAGUUUGUUGGAGGUGCUGGCGUGGAUGAAGUUGCCUGCUUCAGUGAGACCUGGGGCAAUGACUAUGGACGCUAUGCUCAUUGGAGCCUUAUUGAUGAUUGGCGGCGAGGGCUGGUGCACGUGGCGCUGCAGCGAAGCUGGUGCAAUCUCACGCUGCAUGACUGGAUGUUCGGCAUCUCACACCUACCCUUCUCUCUGUCAGUCUGAGACAGAUACGUGACGCUGCUGGUUGGAUGAGAUCUUAGGUAGUGAGCCAAUUGAGCUUCAAAUCGAGGAGUGGCAGCAACGCGCAA